AUUACUGUGUUUUUUUUUAUCAGUAAGUUUUUUUCGUUCAUGUGAUGUCAAUCAGAUUAUCGUAUUUAAUAUUUGUAUGACGAACAGUUUUUGUAUGCUAUUGUAGAGUUGAAUAUAUGUGUCAAAGUUAACGAACAUCGAACAGUGAGAAAAGAAGUUUUCGAAAAGUUUAUAAAAAGGACAUUUUUCGAAGUGAUUUUGUUUCGAGAAUCAACGAUGGAAUCAAAAAACGAAGUCUUCGUAAUAUCGUUGGACGCUGUUGACGUGAAUUUGUUGCCAACAAGUUACAAGUACGCUCACGAGAAAAUCGUUCCGCUUUGGACUAAAAGCAACUUGGAUUUGAGGAAUAAUGAUUAUUACGAAUUUGAGAUUAGAUCAAAUGAAUGUAUUCAACCGAUAGAUAAGAAAAACGUUACUAUCGAAUUUAUGGCAUGUCAUAUUUGUGACAUGGAUGUACCAAGAGUUUAUUUGAACGAACACAACAAAAGCUUCAAGCACAAAUUCAAUACGAAAAUAGCGGACGUCGCUUUAAAGCGCUUGCAACUAUACAUGACAAGAAACGACAACACAGAUUCAGAAAAUAUCGAAAGAGAUCCUUCUAAAUAUUACUGUCUGGAAUGUUCCAUAAUUGUUGAUCGUAAAGAUGAGAUCACUCAUAAAAAAUCGAUGCCGCAUAAAAAUUCAGUUCUAUUCGAAAGAUUUCUAAAGGAUUUCCUUCAUUUGUAUACGAAUGAUGAUCAACUCGAUGUUGAAGACACGCAAGAUAUUAAAACGGAAACAGUUGAUACAGAUAACGAAUUUAAAAUCGAAUCUAAAAGAGACCAAGUAGAUAAUAAAAGAAUUGCAAAAAAUCCGACAGUUACAAUAGUCGAUAAACCUAAGAUGAAUCUGGAAGACUAUUUAACGAUUUUAAAUAACAAAGUUAAUACCAAACCGAUGUUUUUUAAAGCAAAUGGUAAUUAUGUCGAAAUCGAAGCACUAGACGGAAGUGUUGUUAGAGUUUCCGAAGAGAGUUUUCACGCCUUGAGAAAACUGGGGCAGAAAUUCAUCCAAUGUAUGAUAUGCAAAGAUAUAUUCGAUUUGAAAUCGUAUAAUGAGCAUAUACUGAGCGACGGUCAUAUGAAGAUGGUGAGCCUACCUUUAAAAGACAAGCAUUGUGAGCGACAGAUCAGUGACUCGUGGAGGCACUGCUUGGUAUGUAACGCAAUCAUUGAAUGUACCGAUUUACACACACUUUGUAAUACAGACCACAGUAACAAUUUGCAAAAUCUACUUAUAUCUGAUAAAGUAAAUGAAAUUCACAAUGAAAGUGAUACAAAUGCAGAUUUCAGAGUAAACGAAACAGUUAGUGAGCGUAAACUUUUGUACAAUGACGUUUUAAAGAGUAUCCCUUCAAAUGAACCAAAAAAUAAUAAUGCAAUCGUCUCUUACAUUGAUACGAAUAUUAAUAAUAAUAUAGACGAGAUACAAUCAACUAUUAAUGACGAAACAAAUAGAAAAAGAUUCUGCGAUGCGUGUAACGUGUCGAUAAGUACAAAGAAAAUGAAAAAACACGAGAACACAAUGAAACAUAUUUUCAAUACAAUGACUGAUAGUCAUUACUUGCUUAAAAUUGUUGACGUAAAUCUUCUCCGAUGUAAAGUUUGUGAGGUUGACGUUCGUAAUCAUUACGACGAUAUUGAUAACCAUUUCAGUCAUGCGGAUCAUGUUAACAAUUACGACAAACUAUUAAACGCGAACAGUAUUAUAAAGAUAGAUAAAAUUACGUACUACUGUGCUAAAUGUAAUGUUUCUAUCUUGUUUAAAAACGAAUUUUUACACAUAGAAUCGAGAGAACAUAAAAUUCAAUCGAAUUUAGAUGUUAAACCAAAUAUGAUUAGAGAAAUUGAUGAAACAGAAAAUCGAAAUGAUACGAUUGAUAAACCAGCUGUUGAACCAGAAACAAACGUUGGGGAAAUUGUCGAACCAAAGGUUAAUACUACGGUUGAACAAACAAAAAAUGUCAGUAACAUUGUUGACCCAGCUGCAGAUGUCUGUAAAAUUGUCGAACCAGAUACAAAUGUUAGUAAAAGUGUUAAACCAGUUACAAAUGUUACUACUACGAUUGAACAAACAAAUAAUGUUGCUGAAAUCGUCAAACCGGUUACAAAUGUUAGUCAAAUCGUUGAAUCAAUUCCAAGUUGUAGUAAUGUUGAUAACUCUGAGAAAAAUGUUAAAACAGUUACAAAUAUAAAUAAAGCUGAAACAAUAGGCAACGCUGACGAUCCAAAUUAUUAUUUCUGUCACGUCUGUCAGGUUAAAGUUCCGAAUAAUUAUCACAAUAUUAAAGUUCACACUGAGGGACGACCUCAUAAGAAGAAUUUGGACCAAUUAGAGGCGAAACUUGUCAAAAAACGUGAAUGUAUGAACAAAGGUUCGGAACAAGCAAAUUAUCUAUUGUCCGAAACGAAAACUUUCGGUGUUAUAAAUUGUAUUAUUUGCAAAGUUGAACUGUCAAAGAGUGAGGCGAAUAUAAAGACGCAUCUUCAAGGCGUCAGCCAUACGAUCAAAUAUAAAAUGUUCUUAAAAGAAAAUCGAUUAGUCGUUAUCGACGAUGACGUUUACUGUGCUGUGUGUGUAGUUCAAGUCGGCAGACGUUGCGAAAUAUCUCAUUGUACUGGUAAAAAGCAUAUAACGAAUUUGAAGGCUUAAAUUACACUUUUACGGCGGAAAAUAUCUUGAGCGUUCGACUUGAUAAUUGUUACAUCAAACCUUCUACAUGGUUGUGAGGUAAGGUAUAGAUGCCUCCGAGGAGUAGGUCUCAUCUGACAGAUUUUCUAAUCAGCAUAACGAAAGGGAAUAUUGUAACGUGAUGCGUCACAAUUAAGAUCUUUUUGGACACUGUCAAGAUGAAAAAAGUUUCCAUAUCUUGGGCAUAUGUUCAGGUAUCAGAGAAUUAACACGUGCAUGUAACAUCAUGAUGACAAAAAUGGCAACAAGAAUAAGGAGUAACUGACUGACAACCAACGUGAUAGAGGCACCUCAAGAAGAGGACGAUGACGAAACAAGACGUCACAUGACGGCCGGUUCAAACAAAAUUGAUCAUGUGCUAUUAAAUAACAUACACAAUAAAUAGAAUGUCAACGUUUGCGAUUAAUUCAUUCAAAUACUAGAUAACGCAAAGUAAUCUCUUUUUUAUUAAUUAAAACUCUGAAUCCUCGGCUUUCCUCUACUAUAGUAUGCACCUUAUACCUUUUGAAUCGCUGUACCUUAAUAUACAUUAAUGUACCGCAAUCAAAUCUGUUGCGCUGUUUAAAAGAUUUAAUCGUAUAGACGCAGGGCAGCUGUUUUAUAUCGGUAUCAUGUCAGGGGGAAUUAUCUGGUUUCUUACAAAUCUUUUAUAUUCUAUUCCAAGCGUAACAGGAAAAAAGUUAAAUAAACAACAUUUGACAGUAAACUGACGCGGUAUAGAGCUUGAUUAAUCUAUGAUAUUCACUAUGGAUUUGAAAGAAAAUGGCGUCUUGAACGUCGACGAAACUGCUAUCGGAAUUUUUGAAGUGAAAUUAAAGAUGAUUUAAGCAGUUAAGUGUAAUAGUUUUGUAUUAUAAAUAAAGAUGUAGUAAUCAUAAACUCUUAGUAGUGCACAAUAUAGCCGAGUUAUUAGUGAAUCGCACUAAAUACGUACAUAUAAGUUUUGUUUAUCUGUAUUGCAACUUCGAUUGGAAUAGGCUAUAUAUAAUACUUCUUAAAGGACAUUGCAAACGAGGCGAAAUAAAACUGGUUUAAUAAUCAGAAACAAGAUUUAACACUAACAGAUAUGGUUAAGUAAAAUAUACUUUUUUUUUUUUAAUGUGACACUUAUUGGCGCGCUUAGGUGACUCGUAUAUUGUGACGCUCUCUUAUGCCGUAAUGUCCCCUCCAUACUUUAUAGUUAGGUAUUCUCCUGUGAUUAGAGCAGACCUGUGGUCAAAUCACGUUGACGCGCCCCAUUCUUUUUCCCAAUAGUUUCAGUGCAAAGAAAGCCGUGAGGGACUUCUAUUGUUAUUUGUUAGCCUCAGAUUUUCUAUCUGGGUACACGCACUAAAUUAAAUGUCAGAAGAAAUUCAGUCGGCUGGAAAUAUGAUCUACUACGUCUGGGUUGAGCUACCAUACCCUUCCCUUCGUGGAAAAUAGAGCAGCGCGUUUUACUUACUAAAUCCUAAAUAAAAUAUAAAAAAACUCAUUACGAUCACGAACCCACCGAGAUAACCAUGUACACUUUGACAGCUUCAAAGUUCCUAAAAAACUAAAUAUUAAAGAACGUCAUGUACGACGAAAUCACAACGGAAAUAUUUUUUGUCUAAACAAUAUUACAUAAAUUUAAUGUGUUUAUUGUGUUGAAUGGUGUUUCGAAGAUGAUAUUUGAAAUUUCUAACGCACUGCC